AUGCUCGCGAAAAGUGGCCAGAGUGUCGUUCUAUCGCAUACAUUCGCGACCAAUCCAAUUGCGGUAUGAGCCUGCUGGGCUGUAUCAACGGCAGCAGCCAUGUCAGAUCGAGCUUGCAUACAGUCAAAUGGUAAACUGCAGCCGAUUCUCUCUGGAUCAAAUGUGCUUUCAUGUUGUGGAAUAGUUUGUGGAAAAGGAUGCAAAGGAGGAUUCCCAAAAGCAGCGAUACGUUAUAUGGCUCGUAAAGGAAUUUGCACUGGAGGACGAUACGGAGAAAAGGUCAAACAUCAUUUAUUUGCAGUAUUUUUUUUCACAACUCAAUAGCU